AUGGAUUCUAUAGGUGAUGAGCGGCUGCGGCCAAUUAGCGGCCAGGGCGCUGGUCCUCAUCACAGGAGCCCACAGGAGCCCCAUGCAGAAUAUGCAGGAAACGCAGGGAAAAAGUGGACCCACAGCAAAACGACUGGCCAGAGAGAAUCGUACAGGCUACUAAGCGCCGAGGCGAAAAAGCAGCGAGCGGUUCGCUGUGGUGGGGAAGGGUCCCGGCGGCCAAUCCGCGUCGAGACUAGCCAAACAGCCAGCCAAUGGGCGGGUGCUGAAGCUGACGGUGUGUGCGCCAUUGCCGAUCCAGGAGAAUCAGGAUCCACGGGGCAGUUCAGGACGCGCUGGCUCUACACCCCGUACGUAACUAACGGAACGACCAAAAGCACGCAGCAGGCCAUCGCAGCGGCCGGGGAAAGGAUGACAGAAGAAGACGGGCCCCAGAACGGCACGCCGCGACGGACGGCACGAGGGACAAUGGAUCGUCUCGAAGCCGCGGCCGCGUUGUCGACAGACGGACAUUAUGUGUCGAUUUCAGCCACGAUCCAAUCGCGGUCCAACGGCCCAACGGGACCAACUUGUCCGGCGAGCCAACGACAUACGACGUACGACGUAGGCUGUCUCACGCCGUCUCACGCCGUGGUCGAGUGGGAGUUUUGCCGCAAACCCGGCACUUGCAUGUUUUGGCGUAGUUCUAGGGGCUCCUUCCAGUGGUCGGCCGAGCCCCCUAGCUGGCCGGUCAUAGCGAGUCAGGCCAUUGCUGGAAUGGGCGCCGGGCCUAGAACCGAUCUGCGGCACAGCAGCGAGGCAGGAAACAGGAAAAUGCGAGAUGAAAAAUAG